UAGUGUUCUGUGGGGUGUACCCUCAAAGUUGAAUAAAGUUUAAAUAUUCAAAUAUUUCGCGUUUCUCCACAAUUAGACGAUGCAAAACCUAAAAUCCAUAGAACAUGUAUAUUUAACCGCAUAUGUGUUUAAAAUUCUCACACAGAAUAGAAUUACCACUAUUAAAGAUUUCCUUCAUGAAGAUCCUGAAAAGUUAUCGAAACUAACCAAAUUAACGUUCGCUCAAGUUUUAGAAGUCAGGAAUGAUAUAUUUAAGAAAUAUUCCGCAGUAGUAAUUACAGGAGAUAAACUUGUUGAGAAAAUACUGAAAAAUAAAAAGAUACGCACCGGUAUAGUGAACUUAGAUGAAAUACUGGAUGGUGGUAUUCCUGUGGGUAUAACUGAAUUAUGUGGACUUUCUGAAUCAGGAAAAACACAAUUAUGCUUUCAACUUGCUAUUAAUUGUGUAAUAAAUACAGAAAAUAAUGUUCUCUAUAUUGACACUAAGGGUGACUUUUCUGCAAUGAGAAUACAAAAAAUUUUAGAUACACAUGGAUACUCUCAUAAGGAUAUGGCAUUGAUAUUAUAUAAAAUAAAAGUAAUAUGUCUGUGGACUAUUGAAGAAUUGAUAGAAUUAUUAAAAAAAAUAAAAAAUAAUCAAUGUGAUAUUGAGAAUAUAUCUUUGAUAAUAAUAGAUUCAUUACCAUGUUUGAUGUUUCAACACUUGGGUGACUCAAAUAAAAUAGGUCUAACAUAUUUAAAUACAAUGAUAAACUACUGCAGAUAUAUAUACAAAGAAUUUAAUUUAUCUAUACUUUGUGUUAACAUACAAACUCGCUGGAUAGAUCAAGAUGUAUCUGUGCUUGAAGAUGAUGAAGAACUGAGUUCACCUUUAAAAGGACCGGGCUAUGUUGAGAAGCGCAAUCGCUGUCUUGGAAAGUAUUGGAGAUACAUUCCUGGGACAGUAAUGAUAUUAGAGAAGUCUCAAAUUUCUACAUUACAUAAUACUAGUCAAUUAAGUAUAACUGUUAUAAAAUAUGGCAACACAGAAUGUGAGCGGCAUUGUAUAUUGCAACUUAGUGAGUUAGGUUUAACUUAAUUAUUUGUAUUAUUUAUUAAAACAGCUUGUAGUGGUAAAACUUGGUUGCAUACAUUAUAUUGUGGCCUAAAAGCUUAAAUGUCAUGAGUUGCAUUUGUGUGGUCCAAAUUAUACUUUAACUAGAAUAAGACUGAAAAAUAUUAAUACUGUACCCACUGUGG